GAACUGGUCUAUUUGGUGUUCGAAGAUCUUCACGCGCCGUAAAUCAAGGGUGUGUCCAAUAAUGCAUGAUCACUGUGUUUUCUUGGAUGAAUGAAAUUAGAAAACAACCGAUCGUUUGCUCAACCUAUCUGAAGCUUCUGGAAGUAGGAGCCGAUACAUCUUACCGGAUUUGACCACAACGAAGGAAAUAUGUUCUUCACGCGCCGUAAAUCAAGGGUGUGUACAAUUAAUGCAUGAUCACUGUGUUUUCUUGGAUGAAUGAAAUUAGAAAACAACCGAUCGUUUGCUCAACCUAUCUGAAGCUUCUGGAAGUAGCAGCCGAUACAUCUUACCGGAUUUGACCACAACGAAGGAAAUAUGGAAAAUUUGUCUAACCCCUUUGGCGAUAGUGAUUUCGUCGACAGGAUUGGACCUUUGUCUGAGAGAUCGGAUGAGUACAAGACAUGGUUACUCAGUAUCCUGCGCAGCAAUAAUUGUCGACGUAUACUUGACGUAGCAUGUGGAACGGGUGUAGACUCGGUAUACCUUCUUAAACAAGGAAUGGAGGUGGUUAGCUGUGACGAUUCAGAAGCAAUGCUUCGCUAUGCAAGAAGGGAGAAGGAAAGGCUGAGACUCGAUGACUGGGAUAUCAAACGAGCUAAUUGGUUGACACUUACCGAAGACCUGACGGAUACAGAACCCUUCGAUGCGGUGCUUUGUUUGGGAAGUUCCAUUCUGCAUCUUGUCGAUUCGACUCCAGAGCUCGUACUCCUUCGCAAGUGUCUGGUCAACUUUAAAAAAAUUCUGAAACCCGGCGGACUGUUAAUGAUCGAUCACAGAAACUUGGAUGCGAUGCUAGAUCGAGGUCUUGUCGUGAAUAAAAGAAUUUAUCAUAAGGAGCACGCACUGAUGGAAGCAACAGCCGAAGUAAUAAAGCAGAACGGCAGUCGGCAGCGAGUUGAUAUUUCCUACAGCAUAGCUACAAAUGGAUCCAGAGAGGGAAACUUAAAACUAGAAAAGAAAACAUUGCAGUUAGCACCUGUCUAUCUUCACGAUUUUAGUACACUGCUGAAGGAAGUGUUUGGAACAAGUCGCAAGUACGCCAUCUACGGCGAUCUUGUACGUCAGGACGUGACUGAUACAGAAAAUACAGCUUACUUCCAGCACGUCAUUUACAAAGGGAUAUGAUUUAGAUCCUAAUUGGCACGGUCUUUUACUCGGUCAUGCUAAAAAUAAAUAAUGAAUAAAAUAAUAAAAUAACGGAGUAAUAAAGAUUGUUUUUAAUGAAAAUAUGCAACAUUACAGUUGUAACCUUUUUGGGUGAAUAGAAAGGUUCAUUUACAUUUAAUUGCCUCUAAAUCAAUUCGACACCAUGGUCCUGACAUUUGGAAUGGUCUUCCAAACAAUAUUAAAACGUGUUCAACCAUAUACUCAUAAAAAGCCACUCUAAAGAAAACUA